CACAUUACAUCUGUGAUCAGCUGAAAUUUCAACAAGCGUCAAUAUCACCCCACUGCGCAACACCUUAUCAACAAAUUUCUGCACCGAAAAUGCGUCUGAAUUCUCAAAGAACUACGAAGACGUCGUCAAACCGUUAGCCUCGACGCUGAAUUGCCGCUUUUACGAGAAUCCACUGGCUGUCUCCGGCAGCAGUAAUGGAUCAACUGAUACGAUGCGACGCUUUCAUUCAAAAUCCAGCCGCAUCCUCCAUUGUUGUACCACGCACUGAGCUUUCAGGACGCCCAGAAUCAGAUCGUUCUCAACCCAGUUCCAGGUCUGGGGGGGAGUUCAAGGAUUCUGCAGCUGCUAGAAAAGUUCAGAAGGCUGACAGAGAGAAACUAAGAAGGGACCGACUAAAUGAACAGUUUUUCGAGCUGGGAAAUAUUUUAGAUCCUGGUAGGCCCAAAAAUGACAAAGCAACCAUUUUAGUGGAUACAAUUCAAUUGCUAAAGGAUCUGACAUCUGAAGUUAACAAAUUGAAAACUGAGAAUGCUACAUUAACCGAAGAAUCACGUGAGCUAGCUCAGGAAAAGAAUGAUCUUAGAGAAGAGAAGGCAUCGCUCAAAUCUGAUAUUGAGAAUCUUAAUGCUCAAUAUCAGCAGAGACUCAGGGCUACAUACCCUUGGCCUGCCAUGGAUCACUCGGUCGUCAUAGCCCCUCCCCCCUUUCCAUUUCCAGUGCCAAUGCAAAUGCCUCCUGGGCCAUUUCCUGUGCAUCCAUCCUUGCAGCCUUAUCCAUUCAUCGGAAAUCAUAAUCCGGGGGUAAUUGCAAAUCCUUGUUCCACCUUUGUCCCGUACAUAACUCCUAACUCUGUAAUUGAGCAGCAGUCCUCCCGAAAUACACCGCCUUUUGUUCAUCCAGGUAACCAGUCUCGUAACUUGAGCAAGCAAGAUUCCGGUAGUAAAUCCUCAAGUGAAAGCAAGAUUGAGAAAAGUGUAGAUUCUAGUGAAGUUGCAACGGACCUGGAGUUGAAGACUCCUGGAUCCUCCACAGAACAGGAUACAUCAUUUGAACAAACAAACAGUAAGAAAAUGCGCAGGAAGGAAAAUAAUAAAUCUGAAGAGAGUUUUUCAAGUAGAUGUUCUUCAUCUUGUAGUCUAGAGGUCAAUUCGUCUAGUAGCACGGCUAAUGGUAAAUAAAUCUAUCGAUAAAUGUGGAAGCACGUAACAGGGGCAGGUUCGCCCAAAUUAGUCCCUUGAUUUCAUUUUGGUGAUCCUUACCUUACUCAAACUUACUAGUGCUUAUCUGCAACUGGGGUGGAUCAUCUUCAAUGCAAUGUAAAGGACCAUUACUAAGUUAGUAGUAUCUGAGAUUAUGACGUAUUACAUACUUACCUCUACCUCGUUGGUGAAGUCUCCAAAGUUGCAGCAGCCACUUAUUGGAUCAUCUCCUUAUGUACUACCUGUACAUGGUUGUGCAAUUAGGUUAUGUCUCUAUAGUUACUUGUUUAUUUGCAAAAAUCCAACGCUGCUACAUUCGCUUAACUGUUAUAAAGAUGGUGGGUCCAUUCGUUUCUCUUGAAUACUUCUGGUUUCCUUAUGCUACAUGCCUUGACAGACGAUGUGACAGAGAUAUUUGGUUUCAUAAAUCAUGUAGGAAUGACUGUGAGAGCACUAGAUGCAAAGAAUACAUACAUGAUAUUUCAACGAAUUAUGUCAAAUCAAGGAGACAAGACUGGACGGCCUCAAGCUCGACCAAGAGGGAGCAAUUGCAACGGGCAUUAGCAGUUAGACCAAGAGGAUGAAAAUGAUUCCGAGGAAAGAAUCGAAUGACUUUAGUGCUGAAAGAGACAGUGGGGAAGAGGCCAUUAAUGCUGCUGUUAUCCAGAAAUUUGAAGGUCUUGAAUGAGAGGUGGAGGGGCAUCCAAAUCCAGAGUGCCCAAAAGCAGAUAUUGCUUUCUCUGCUGCAUGUGAAAAUCUAGAUAUGUUUUAACUGGUUCACAGGACAUUGGUGAAAUAGAAGAGUACAAACAACAGAGUGGGAGCUCCCUAGUUUGUGACUUGAAAUCUUCUUGGUCAUAAUCUAGCAGCAUUUUGUUUUAAAGGUUUGAACUUUGGAGGGCGUUGAGUUUUACUGAUAUUUGCCUAUCUUUGAUGUCAUAAGUUUCCAUUGGUACAUUUGAUAGUUUUGUGAAGGUUAAAUCAAUGAAAUUUUGAUAUACAUAGUUUUGGGCUAUGUUGAACAACGUUUGGAUGAAAUGAAAAUGUAUGAGAGGUGGUUCUUGUCUAAA